CCCAUUUCCUUCUUCUGUCUCUUCUUCCCCAGCCCGCCACAAAAACUUAACUAACUUCUUCACAUUAUCAUUUACACCCCCAAGCUCAAAUGAACCUCCCUCUUCAUGGCUGUUCCUCCUAUUUACUCCUUUCUUUCUUGUUUUUACUAUACCCUUGGGCCUUCUGUCAACCUUCUCCAGACCAAACCGCCACCAUGAUCAAACUUUCUCAGCUUUUUGACAGUUCAGCCGUAGGAUGGGAUGUUACAAAGCAGCCGAACCCUUGUUUGUGGAACGGAGUUAACUGCAGUGGUGGUUCCUUGAUAACUCGGCUUUCUUUAUCUGGGUUCGGUCUCUCUGACUCUAAGUUUUUGUCUGUCGUUUGUAAUAUUAGUUCUUUGCAAUCGCUUGAUGUUUCCAAAAACCAGUUUAGCUCAAUUCCCCAUGAAUUCAUCACAGAUUGUGGAAGGAUUGGUGGGCUCAAGUUGUUGAAUUUUAGCAAGAAUUUGUUGCAUGAUUCUUUUGUUGGUUUUGAUGGUUUUGUGGGAUUAGAAUUCUUGGAUUUGUCUGAUAAUAGAUUGAGUGGAAACAUUAGUUUACUGUUGGAUAAAUUAGUUAAUCUCAAAAGUUUGAAUGUUAGUCGCAAUAAUUUUGAAGGGCAUAUUCCUAGCAAUCUUGGGAAAUCUAAAGCUUUAGAGCAACUUGUGCUUUCUGUGAAUCAUUUCAGUGGUGAAAUACCUGAACAAAUUGCAGAUUAUGGGAAUUUGACCUUGAUCGACUUUAGUGUUAAUAAGCUUUCAGGGUCUGUUCCUCAUAGAAUUGUAGAACUUGCCAAGUUGGAAGUUCUAAUUCUCUCUGCGAAUAUGUUACAUGGUGGAAUUCCAGCAAAUCUCUCGAGUAUAUCAACCCUGUCACGCUUUGCAGCCAAUCAGAACAAUUUUACUGGGUCAAUUCCAAGUGGACUCACAAGAUAUGUGAAGAAUUUAGAUCUUAGUUACAAUGAGCUGACAGGGUUUAUUCCAGAAGACCUUUUUUCAUAUGCAAAUUUGAAGACCGUGGAUUUGUCUUAUAAUUCUCUACAGGGUAAAAUACCUAAGAAAAUAUCUCCAGGCUUGGUCAGAUUGAGAUUGGGAAGUAAUUUGCUCGUUGGUGAAAUCCCUUUGGCUAAUUUUGCAACUCUUGAUGAAUUGACUUACUUGGAGCUGGACAGCAAUAGCCUCACCGGAAUGAUACCUCCAGAGCUGGGUGAUUGCCAAAAUUUGACGCUGUUGAACUUGGCUCAGAAUAAACUGAAUGGUUCAUUGCCGGCAGAAUUGGGUAAUCUCAGCAGUCUUCAAGUUAUGAAGCUUCAACACAACAAUCUGAGUGGAGACAUUCCUGUUGAGCUUUCCCAGCUAAGUAAGUUGUCUCAAUUAAACAUUAGCUGGAAUUCGCUGACUGGUUCAAUACCUCGUUCCUUUUCCAACUUGCAAGGGCUUACAAACUUGAACUUACGACACAACUAUCUCAGUGGUCCCAUACCUGAUUCUAUCAGGAACAUGAACUCUUUGAUAGAACUCCAACUUGGAGAAAAUCAGCUGAGUGGCCGAAUUCCAGUUUUGCCAGUGAAAUUGCAAAUUGCUUUGAAUCUGAGCAGCAAUCUCUUUGAAGGAUCUAUCCCAGACAGCCUUUCUAGCCUGACUGGAUUGGAAGUUUUAGAUCUCUCAAACAACAAAUUAUCUGGUCAGAUUCCUGAAUUUUUUAUUCAAAUGCCAACCCUGACGCAGUUAAUUCUUUCUAAUAAUCAGUUAUCAGGAAUUGUUCCAAAGUUUAGCUCGCAUGUUUCGGUCAAUAUAAGUGGAAAUCUAAACCUCAUACCUGCACCAGCACCAGCACCAAACACUUCCUCACCACUGGCAAAGAGAAAUAAAUCAGUUGCUGUGCCAAUUGUUAUUGCCCUGGCGGCCGCUGUUCUUGCUGUUGGCGGUGUCACAAGCAUUGCUCUAUUAAUUUCAAGACGCUUUUACCGAGUUAAUGAUGAGCAGUUACAAGAUGGAGAGGAUCUUCCUUUUCCCCAGGUCAUCCAAGGCAAUCUUUUGACAGCAAACGGAAUCCACAAAUCAAAUAUCUCCUUCCCGAAAGCCAUGGAAGCUGUUGCUGAUCCAUUGAACAUUGUGCUGAAAACUAGGAUGUCAAUCUAUUACAAAGCAAUCAUGCCAUCCGGAAUGAUCUACUUCAUUAAGAAACUUAACUGGAGUGACAAGAUAUUCCAGUUGGGAAGCCAUGAUAAAUUUGACCAAGAAUUAGAGGUCUUGGGGAAGCUGAGCAAUUCAAAUGUCAUGACUCCUUUGGCUUACGUGUUGACUGCAGAUAGUGCUUAUCUGUUCUAUGAAUAUGCCUCCAAGGGAACCCUUUUUGAUGUUCUUCACGGCAGUGUUGGAAAUGCUUUAGAUUGGGCGAGCCGUUACAGUAUAGCCGUAGGAAUAGCUCAGGGUAUAGCUUUUCUACAUGGAUGGACCUCAAGUCCAAUUCUCCUCCUUGAUCUAUCAAGUAGGAACAUUAUGCUGAAGUCGCUGAAAGAGCCGCAAGUUGGAGACAUUGAACUCUGCAAAGUGAUUGACCCCUCAAAGAGCACUGGCAGCCUCUCCAUGGUUGCUGGUUCUGUCGGUUAUAUUCCUCCUGAGUACGCUUACACAAUGAGAGUAACAAUGGCUGGGAACGUUUACAGUUUUGGGGUUGUUCUCCUGGAGUUGCUAACAGGAAAGCCUGCAGUUUGUGAGGGCACUGAGUUAGCCAAAUUGGUACUACGCAACUCAGCACAGCGUGAUAAAUGGGAUCACAUCCUUGAUUUUACUGUCAGCAGAACAUCACUAGUUGUCCGAAACCAGAUGCUUGCAGUCCUCAAGGUUGCCAUUGCAUGUGUUAAUGUAUCCCCUGAAGCAAGGCCAAAGAUGAAGAGCGUGCUGCGGAUGCUCCUGAAUGCAAGAUAAACCUUUGGUGAGAAGAAAAUGGGACACUCCACACUCGACAACACAAGAUAGAGCCUUUUGCUUCCUGAGUUAAAGCAAAUUGGAAGUUAGAAGUAGGCAUUAUAUAAUAUACGUAAGAUGGUUUUCUGAUUUUUUGAUCACAUGUUUCCAUUAUAUAUGUACAAUAAUAGCUUUUUUAGCCAUACAAAGAAUGCUUGCCUGUAAGCCAAUCUGCAUGUAAAAAGGGUUUUUUUGGCAGUAUCAAAGAAUUCUAUCUAAGAUCCUUU